CUUUCAUCCAAACCCAUGCUACCCAGUGGAAAGGUCAAAGAGAUCACGUGUUGCUGAUUUAGAAAAUAAAAGGCAAAAAACUGUAGAAACAUCGAGAAGUCAUUUCGCUUAGUCUCCAAACGAUAAGUGAGAAGCAAAAUGCUGAAACUUGCUGUUAUAUUCGCACUUUUUACUUUUGCACUGGGAUCUCCAUGCUUUGGAAGUAAUUCUACAUGUUCAGAUGGAAAAUUUUCGUGCGAUCCCUCUGAGACUGAAUGUGCACUUGGUUGCUGCCCAAUCCAAGAUGCUGUCUGCUGCUCAGAUGGUUACGAAUGCUGCCCUCCUGGUACAGUUUGUGUUCCUUAUGUCGGCGUAUGUAUUAGCGUUGACUCGUCAAGUGGAAAACCAGAGCUUAAAUCUGAAGAAGCAGUGGCUACGAAACAAACUGUAUCUGCUUGUCCACCAGGUACCACUACAUGUCCCGCAGGAUGCUGUCCUUUCGAAAAUGCAGUCUGUUGUUCUGAUAAACUUCACUGUUGUCCAAAUGGAUAUAAGUGCACAGAUGUAGCUUGCGUUAAGAGUUCGGACAAUUUGUUACUGAGAAAAAUUGCAUUUAUUGGUAAAAAGCCUUUCUUUCAACCACAGAAGACUGUUCUGAAAGUAUGUCCUGGAGGAAAUCAUCGCUGCCCUACGGAGAAAAACUGCUGUAUAAAUGAUGAUGGUUUAUGGGAAUGCUGUGAUAAGCCUAGUCUUGCAAAAGUUAAAGACAACUGCUGUGAUACUGUAAUGGGACACACUUGCUGCCCUGAUUACCUUGUAUGCACAUACUAUGGGUGUCUCUGAAUAGAUCUUCAUUUUCUAUUUCGUUUCCAUUUUUUUUUUUUUUUUUCUGAAUUUGUCUUAAAUCAAUGUGCUGUAAUUAUUUUUCAAAUAAAAGUUGCCUUUCUUGAACAA